GCACAUGACCAAAGGGGACACAUGAUAGCAUUUCGUGAUGAAGUCGUUGUUGAAGUUGUUCGGGUGUUUGCUGGCAAAAAGGGCACAGCCGUUGGGGAAAAUAUGCGAGCCGCCUCCUUGGGUUGGGUCGAGGUUGUGUUGGCUGCGCAGAGUUCGACAACACCCAGUGCAGGCCAAGUUUAGCUCUUUGGGCGUGAUGGCUACCGACAUCUGGACCUCAUUGUUUCAGUCUAGCUACAGCUGCUGUCACUUGCCAGAGGGUCGGAAAAUACUUGGCAGGCUAGCAGCAAGCGUGUGAGAGAGGCAAGCAACACCACGAGCAGGAUGCAUCCAGCAAGGCGGGGGACGAAGGACAUGCAGCUCGAGCAAGCGACAAAAUACUCACUGGUGAUGAUGGAGCUCUCGCAUGACUGGCAUCUGUCCAGCCAUCUUACCAAGCAGCUGUUUGGGACUUUGUGUACUCGACAUGCAACUUAUUCUUGCUAGUACAAUUUUGAAAGACAAAAAUAUGUAAAAAAAAAAAAAAUUAUUAUUUCCCACGCACAAGGUGAAGACGGGAGCACUCACUGAUCCGCGACGUAAGAGCUGUAGUCCUGCGAGCCGGCGCUCAGGCCGGAAUCCGAGUGCUCGUGGUUGAUGUUGCUUGCGGGGUGGUAGUUGUUGUUGCUGUUUGCCGAGGAGUGGUGGUGGUGGGGGUGGUGGGGGUGGGGCUUGCCGGAGCCGAGGGACGAGUGGCCGUUCAUCUUGCUGAGCAGGAAGCCCGGGUUGUCGUACAACGCCGAGCUGAAGGCACGCGUGGCGGCAUGGUGGUGGGCGCCCUUGUUCACCGACGAGUAGUCGGGGAUCCCGAGGGCGGUCGAGAUCCUGCAACACCGCACCAGAGUGGCUCUAGAGGUGCAUCGGAGGAGCUCUAUCGAGUGUGGCUGCUCAGCAGCACUCGUGAUUCCUCUGCAGGUGGCUGCUGCCUUGAGCUACGCAUGCUGCACAGUACAUCACCUAUAGCUACACUACACAAUAAAAAAAAUAACUAUCAUAAAAAUUUACGAGAAGAAAUGCUUUGAUCUUACGGGAAAAGUUGAAUCCAAAAUAAAUUUUAAUAUCUUAAAUGGUAGGUUUCCAGUCACAUCUUUUUUCCAAACAACUCACAAUUGCCUUUAAUAGCCGUACCAAGCAAGGUGCGCAAUGGUAAAAUAUUUAAUCACGGUCAAGAUAACACGGGUUCAAAUCCUGGUCAUAUGUUCUAUUUCCCCCCCCCCCCCCCCCCCCCUCAUUGUUUUCCUGAAUCUUCCUGCUGGAAGGCACGGCUGAUUCCUUCCUUGACAUCCCUGACUUUUAACGCGUGUCCAUUUCUGGAGAUCUCAUCGACGAGUCCUAAAACCAAAUCAUCUAAUUUCUAUAGUCGUCAUCUAAAUAUGUUAACAUAUAAACAAAAACACAUAUCUGAGACUGUAACAAGUGAUAUAACCUAACAUAAAUGUUACUGUACUUGUCAAACUGAACAUUUAAAUAAUUUCUGUGUAUUGAUGAACUUGGAUCCGAAUGACGGAAGGAAAAAAGCUUACCUAAUUAUUGUUACACAACAACAUUUGACGAGUGUUCGUGAUUGCGUAAGUAAGAAGUAUGUCUAUAUUGAUAGUUACAACCCAUUAAAAUUGUCUGUGCCUGAUCUUUAACCUUUUAAAAUUACCAUUUAUUAAUUAUCUAAUACCUUUAAGAAUAAUUCAGUUUCACUGUUAUGUGGCCAGUUGUUACUGAUUUACAUAAUGCCUAUGUUAUGUAGACACUGUAUCAUCAUUAUAUCACCAUAUGGAAAAGAAGGGUAAGUACAAUGCAAUAAGAUAGUUAAAGAGAUAAACUGUUUUGUUUUAUUUAACUGUUUAUUGUGCCUAGUUUAUGAAUGAUGUAAACUUGGAAAGAUAAAUGCAUUAACAGGUUGUUAUAAAACCCACUUAUAAUAUUUGUAAAAGUGAUUCUUAAUGAAUACUAGGGUACAUACAUGCUACUUACAAAUUUAUAAAUUUCUGAGGGUGAUACCCACCCUUGAUAAUCAGGUUUUUAAAAUGUAUUUAUUUACUAUUAAUAUUGAAAACCAUUACUUAACUAUAAUUUAAUGCUAUGAAAGUUUUCAAACAGAAAACAGACUUUUGAUAAUAUUCCAGCCCUAUUUACCAGACAUUGUAUAAUUGCAGCUGACUCUUAUUUAUUAGUGUUUUACUACAAAACAAUACAUUCUAGGCAGUUGCGACAAGAGGGACAUUAUUAUUCAUUACAUAUUUAAUUAUAUUUAUUUAUUUACAGAUUGUCACAUGCAUACCAACACUCAAUAAAGAGCUGCAAAGGUAUGCACAAAUAAAAGAAACAAAAAUAUAUAAGAUAAAAAAAAAUACAUACAUACAAUAAGGAAUACAAAUAACAAAACAGACAAUAGGCUAUGGCACCUAAAAACAUUUAACAUAACAUAAUUAGACACAAUAAUAAAACAACACAAACAUACCACUGGAAUGUUAAGUUAUAAAUUAAUUUUGAAGUUAAUAAUAAACAAAGAAAUUAUAUGUGAAGUGUGGUCAUAACUAGUUAGUUAAACAUAAUUAUCAACCUUGUUUAAAUUAGAAAUUAGACUAUAGAUAAUGUCAUUUUGUUUGUAAAAAGUAUAAAAGGUAGACUGGGCAACCAAAAAAUUGUGGAACUCUUAAUCCAGUGUUGUCGAGAAUAAAUUUACAAUCAAUUGUAGAGUUAUAACAAUUUUUAAUGAAGAGAGAAUCAAGUACAUAAUGCUCUAUGAUCAGCUAGAGAAACUAAAUUAUAAUGCGAAGGAUAUUUUUAAUUUAUAAGUAUCAAAAUCAGAAUCAGAUGAACUGAUAGAAUUCCAAAUUAUUGAACAAUAUUCUAAUUUGGACCUAAUUAAAGAAAAAUAUAGAGAAAGAAUGGAAUCAGAAUUAGUAGAAUAAAAGGUGAUAUAUUUGAUUAAACCUAUAGUUCUUCUUGAACUUCUACAUGCAUAUGAAAAUAUAAUUUUGAGUCAAAAAUUAUACCCAGAAUUUUUAUGGAAGUGAUUUAGGAAUUUCAGUAUUAUCUAUAAUAUAAUAAAAAGUAAUGGGGAAAUAUUUCCUUGUGAAAGAUAUUAUUUUUAUUUUUUCCUUGUUGAGAGAUACUAAAUUAAGAUUGCACCAAUUACAAAUUGAAUUGUCAGAUUGAAGUAAACUACAAUCAUUAAGGGAAGUAAUUGUUCUAGAGAUUUUAUAGUCAUCAGCAAACAGCACUCCAGAGUAGUGAAUGAGAACAUGAGCGAUAUCAUCAAUAAAAAUACUAAAGAGUAAAGAUGACAAGGUACCCACCUUGUGGAACACCUGAACUGGCUAUACAAGAUGAAGAUUUGCAAUUGUUAAUGGAAACAAAACAACUUUUUUUUAUAUAUAUAACUUGUGAACAAAUUCACGAAAUUAUCACUUAAACCAAAAUGAAAUAAUUAAAUAAGUAGAAUUUCAUGAUUAACAGAAUUGAAAGCUUUUGCUAAAUUAAAAGCAAUAAGAAUGCAGUUAAAUAUCCAUUAUAUCGGAAGUCACAAAUGCGGUACACAAUAAGGUGUUCCAUUUAUUAAGACGAAAAGAAGCCUAUGUUAACAAAAUCAUUUUACUAUAACAAAAUAAUUCCAUAGCAUAACUCCACGAAAUCAUAGUUUACUUUUGAAUACUGUACACAGUUCCAUUUCUAAACCUGGUUUUCUAGGGUGUAUGUCAUCCUUAGGAAUUGAGCAAGGUUGUAAAUGAUUUUGAUAUAUAUUCUAACUCAAUAUUCAUUGGGAAUCACCUCCCGAAAUACUUAAAAGAGACUGAACAACCUGUAUGUUAGAGGAUAAAAUCUUGUAUCUAUAGUUUAUGCCUCUGCAGUUUAAGGUAUGUAUGGGAGAGUUUUAUCUUAUCCCUAAAGAAUGGUUGGGAAUAGUAGUGUGCUUAUAUGCCAUUCCUUGCCAUUUCAGAAAUACACACUAAUAUUUUACACAGGCAAAAUUUAACUUUCUACCCAACUAGUCUCCAAUUAUUUUUAUACUCAUUGCUUAGGAACUGCCAAGACAUCAUGCUCAUUUGAAAUGGUUGAAUCAGUGGUUGUGUUAAGCCUAAUUUUGAACUAAAGAGGUUCAAACCCCUCCUUAAUCACUGAGAUUUACUGACAUUAAACCUUUCUAAACAUAAGCAUAAGACCUAAAACAUUUAAACUUCCGUGUUAUAACGCAGAAACAUUAAAAAAAAAAAAAUGAGUCAACACCUGCGUGCCUAGGAAAAAAACAGUGGUAGGUGAGUUGCCUUUUUUUCUUCUGGGAUAUAAAGUUACUGGAGUAUUCCAAGGUGUGUUAUUGUCCGCAUAAAAUGAGACAAUGAAAUGCGACGCCAGUCCAGUCCAGCGAGAAGUAAUUUGCGGUGACUAUAGAAAGUGGACAGCGCAACGCGUCAACAUGACAACUGGAAACGACAAGCUGAGGCAUCGCAGCAGGAGCAGAGGAAAGCUAAGGUGCCGUUUGUGAUACGAGGCGAGCAGGAACAAAAACGAGUAAUAGUUUUAUAGGAUUGUGGUUUUUGGAUAGUGAUGAUUGAAGGAAUGGGCAACUGUUUCUUCGGGCAUCAUUCUGCACAAUAUCUCCUGCAAGAAACAGGCCAACUGCUUGCGUAGAAAUUUCUUGCUGUGAAAGUUCACCUGUUUGAGGUGGCAAGGCAGCAUUAGCGAAAUGUAAUGCUCAGUCAUAAAUUUUUUCCCCAAAGUAAUAUGAUAUAAUAUAAUACCAUAAAUUCUAUUUAGAAAUGGAAUUUUUGCUUAAAUGGUGUAAAGGUAUUGUAUCUUUAAAUUUCAUUCAAUGAUUUAACAUGACGACACAUGCAACAAUUGUUAUAUAAUUCACUAUAGUGCAAAAACUAACAAUCAAAUCCUAACGUGCAGAAGUACUAUAAACUAACAGAUUAUUCUAGAUGAUUUUUUGAGUGAUCCAAAUAUACUUUGUAUACUCCAGGAACUUUGAAAAUAAAUACAACAGACAUGCCAACUUUUAAAUGAAGAUAUUCAACAUCAAAUAUAGUAAGUGAUUAAAAAAAAUUUACUUGAUUUAUUUAUUACAAACAUUUAUACAUUCAAUCCAAUGGGCAUUUCUGAGCAGGUAAAGGGCCAUCCUAACUAAGUUAAGUUUAAAUGUUUUAUUAUUUAUAAGGUAUGGAAUGAACCUGAAAUCACUUUGUUGAAAAAAUAACUGUUACUUCUUGUGACGAGGAAGAAGACUUCUGAAAGCUAAGCGAGUAGGUACUGUGAAUAAUCUAGCCUAUGUUUAGCAACUAAUGAAAUAAAUUUUGGAGGCAGACCAAACAAAAUGUCUGAUUAAAAUAAGAACAGGAAAUUCUAAACUAUGAAAUCAAAACAGCAGCAUGAGUUAAUAGUUAAGUGAAAAUUGUGCAACUUUUUUUAAAAACCAAAUUUUAAAUUAAGUGAGAAUAUUUGGACGUAUGCCUCUCUCACAAAGGAUGAAAAAGUAAAUACCAAAUAUUAAUGCCUAUGAUAAAAAGAGUACGGUAAUACAUAUUCUCUUGCUUUUGAUUAUAGUAUCACGUGCUUUGUGGGCAUCAUUGUUAUUACAUUCCUACAAUUGUCUUAAAUGUAUAUGCCCACAGAAGCUGAACAUUAAAACUUGCUUUCAAGUGGAUUCUAUAAUACUGUGCAUUGUGUUCAAAUUUAUUAUCAUAUAAGAUUUUAGACAAUAACUACUUUAUGCUCACUAGAAAAGAUUUAAUGCUGAUAAAUAAAUUUUUUUUUCAUUCAUUGUAAGUUAUGAGAUACAAACGGUGAAGGCUUCCACUGCUGGUCACAAUUUCACAAUUUUAACGUAAUAGAAGAAAGUUUCCUAAUAAAAAAAGUGUUUCUGAAAUAUGCAAGAUGAUACAGUAGUUAAAAAAAUCAUUGCUAAAUCAAUUGUUGCCUAAAAUGAUCAUCAGGAUUGUGUGUCAGGAAGAUCUAACCCCCCUCUCCUCACUUCCUCUUCCAGAUCAAUUAGGUUAGGCUGAGCCACUGCAUAAACAGAAUGUUUGCGAAUUGCCGGGCAUAAAUUUAAUGGGCAACAGGAAAUGCCAAAACAAGUAGUUCUUUCUUAACCCGUAAUCGACACACAUGGGUCCUGGGGACCCGUGGAAAUUUUAAUUUCACUCUAAGUCAGUGAGGGUUUGUAGCACUGGCCCAGCCAUCCAGGUAGUUUCCUAACCCUCAGUCGGCCUUGGACUGGUGUGGUGUUUAUACCUUUGCAGGUGCUUGUUGAUGCUAUAGAGGUAUGUUUGGGUCCUCAGGACCCAUGUGUGUCAGUUAGGUAACUUUUACAACUACGUGUUCUGUACUAAGUUUUGCAAUAUGGAUGGAGGUUCGGAUGAAGAUCAAGUUUUGGCAGCUGCAGACCGAACAUUAAGUGAUACUGAUUACAUUAGUGGUUCAGAUAGUGACUAUGAAGUAAGUGAACAUGAAUCUGGAACGGAUGAAAGUGGAGAUGAAGAGGACACUAAUUGUGAGUCUGAAGGCUCAAAUUAUUUUUAUGGGAAAAACAGAAUGAAAUGGUCAAAACAUUCAGUUAUACGAGGUAGAACACCACAGCACAACAUUAUACCAAGAUGUCAUUUACCAGGUAUAAAAGGAGAAGCUAGCCAGAUAGGAACACCAAGCCCAAUAGCAUUUUGGGAGCUUUUGUUUACAGCUGAAAUGCUACAAGAAAUUGUUCUUCGGACUAACGAAAGAAUAAUUUCUGUAACUGAAGGUAUCAACAAACUGUCGUAUCACCAUGAAACGGAUGUGACUGAAAUAAAGGCCCUAUUAGGUUUGUGUUAUCUGUGGGGUGCUUUCAAAUCGAAUGAUGAAGAUCUGUUGGCUGUAUAUGCUAAAGAUGGGACUGGAAGGCCAAUUUUUCGUGCAGUAAUGCCAUACAACAGAGUAUUUUUUCUACUACGCUGCUUGCGUUUUGAUGAUUCAAAAACACGGGUUGAAAGACAGCAGUCAGAUAAGCUUGCUCAUAUCUCAUGGUUAUUUGCGAAAUUCAUAGAGCAGUGUCAGCGCAAUUAUUCAGUAGGUCAGUACGUAACUAUUGAUGAGAUGCUUGUUGGUUUUCGAGGAAGAUGUUCGUUUCGCAUGUACAUACCCUCGAAACCCAGAAAGUAUGGGAUAAAAAUAUUUAUCCUGACAGAUGCCAAAUUGCACUAUUGUUUGAAUGCUGAAGUGUACUGCGGCCGAACUGUAGGACAGCAAUCUACAUCAAAAUCUAGCUUGUUAGUUCCAUCAAUGGUGGUAUUGAGAUUAGCAAAACCUAUUCAAGGAAGCAAUAGAAAUAUUACGGGUGAUAAUUGGUUCACGUCAAUAGAACUUGUCAAUGAGCUAAACAAAAUGAACCUUACAUACAUAGGGACCAUAAAAAAAAAUAAACGUGAACUACCUGCAGCAUUUGUCAACUCUAAAGGAAGAGAAGUAUCAUCUUCUUUACAUGGUUUCUCUGGAAGAAUCACAUUAGUUUCCUUUGUUCCUAAAAAAGGAAAAGUUGUGAAUAUGAUUUCAACAAUGCAUCAUACCAAAGAUAUUGACGAGUCAACAGGAAAACCAGUGGUUAUAAUGGACUACAACCAAACUAAGGGUGGAGUGGAUGCACUUGAUGAGAAAUGUCACAAUUAUUCCACUGGGUGUCGCACUCGUCGAUGGCCAAUGGCUAUUUUCUAUGCAUUGCUAGAUAUUGCAGGAGUGAAUUCACAUGUUUUAUUCAGCGGCAACAGCCAGACACUUGAAGUGGACAGAAGACAUUUCCUUGUUCAGUUGGGAAAAGAGCUUGCCAGUGAACAUAUGCAUCGAAGACUGCAGGCACCAAAGCUGAGGAAGGACAUCAAAGAAAGUAUAGAAACCAUUCUAGGAAUCAAACAAGAAACAAGUCAACCUUCUACAUCAGGAGAAAAUGCUUCUGUCACCAAAUCUAAGAGGAAAAGAUGUUCUUCUUGCCCGCCCAAAAGAGACAGGAAGACCUUUCAUGAAUGUGUCAAAUGUCAUGUUCCUUUGUGUGUUCAGUGUGGGAAAAUAGUUUGCUCUAAGUGCAUUUAGCAAAAUUUUUAUACCUUUGUUUUGUGGUGAUAUGUUUAGUAAUAAUUUAUGUGAUCACAAGGAAAGCAGUAUGGACUUCUGAACAGUUAUGAAAGAGCCUUCAAAGAGCUGCAAUUUUUUUUGUGUAUUAUCUUUUCAAAAAAUUUGUGAUACCUGAAGAUAAAGACAUAUAUUGAUUAUAAGACUAUAAUGUUUUGAUACUGUAACAUAAUUAAAAAACCAAGAUAUAGUUCCACUUAAAAAUAACAAUUCAACAAAAAAUUACAAAUUCACUGAUUUCAAAAUUAUUUUUUUGUAAUGUUUGUUAAAUGUAUUUUAAAACACAAAUUUUUGUAAUUAAAGGUAAUAAGUGUUAGAAUUCAAACGUCUUUUUCAAUUUCUUAAACAAGCAACAUACUUAACAGAAACCUAGAAGAAAAAAAAUUGGGUCCCUGGGACCCAUGCGUGUCAUUAAUGUAAUUUUUUUUGUGUGUGUCGAUUACGGGUUAAGGAACAUAUUGUUACGAAUGCAAACAGGACUGGGACACGCGCCAGGUCGUAAAAAUAUGUCCAGAAAAACCACCCUGCAAAGUUAAGAGGCAUGAACAGCAGUGCGCAAAUUUGAUUUUGACGGCUUCAGGGAGCUACUCCAUUGGCUGAGAGGGCGCGCGACUGCAGUGGCUCCGAGGGAAGCAGGUUAACAGCCGGGUGCACUAGCAACCAACAGGUUGGUUGUGACAUGUUUGAAUGUUCAACAAUGGUCUUUAAGCACAUUUUUGAAUGUUAGUGAAUACAUUGCUGUAAUUAAAAAUGUGACAAAAUGUAAUUCACAGAGAUAACCGACAUGAUAAUGGCGUAGUGGCAGAUGAUAAAAAGUUGCAGGAGGAACAGUGCCCCAUUGCCAAGAGAGCUUUCACAACACACGUUUACCGAAUAGGAAGACAUUCAUACGGCUUAGCCAGGAUGAAACUGAGAGUUUCUUACUACGAAGGGUGAUGUACACCAAAUUCCGUAUGGCUCUGAAAGUCUGUGUCCUGCUCUUAACCUGUUUCCCGCGGAGCAUUCUAACACCACUGAUCUGCGAUUGCACAUCCUCUCACCCAGUGGAGUAGCCCCCUGAAACUGAAACUCGACUAGUUCAAAUUUGCUCAGUGGUGUUUAUGCCUGUAACUUUGCAGGGUUGCUUUUGUGGUCAUGUUCCGUAGCAAAUAUUGCUUGUUUUGGCAAGCCUUGCCAUCCAUUAAGAUUUAUGCCCCACAAUUUGCGAACAAUCUACAUAUAAAAUAGUUUAUCCCUUAACACUAUGUAACUGCGGUAUUCAAGUAAGCUUAAGUGACUGAACUAAGUGCAGUUAAAAAUCAAACCGUUUUAAAGAAAACCAUACAGUUAAAACUUGAUGGUCAUUAUUAUUUAAUUUUAAGUACAGGAGGAGGGCAGGAAGUUAGCUCUCUAAGAAUCGGAACAAGGAAGAUGCACAUUGUGUACAGAGUCCACCUGUCACUAAAGUCAGGCGAAAUGCUGUUGGUUAUAUUAUUUACGACAUUCAGUUAUGCACCUACCUAUUUUGUAGAAAAGGAUAGAGAUUUUUUUUUAUCAUGAAUGCUAAGAGCAGCACUGUUGCAUCUAGCAGAGAGAUGGAGUAGGUAGUAUUCUGUGUAUAUGGUGAUAAUUCACAACAAAACAUUUUAGUUUCAACUAGGUUUACUUAAUAAAUUAGGUUUGGACUCUUAUUGUUAAAGGAGAAUACUUGGUAUUUAUUUUGUCUGUCCCUAUAAGGAGGUAUGCUGUUAUUCCACCUAUGUUUAAAAAUUAUUCUCACACCUGUUCACACAUUAAUCUGUGUAAAUCUGUUUCAAAUCUGCUUUCCUGCUCUUUCCAUGCAUAUAAAUUCCAAAAUGGCUCAAUAUUCAACAUGCAUAGUUUGCCUGAGAGAGAGAAUUUGAUACCUAUCUAGAGAGAUUGUUCUUGCAAAAUCUCAAAUCUUUAAGAGGUAGCAUGACGAAAAAGAAGCAGUCCAAAACUUUUAUGGUGACUGACACAACUCUCUGUGUGUCUGCUGAGCAGCUUGGAAAGGCUCAACAGAGCAGCAAAGCAGAGAGUGCAAUGCAAGUGGCGCUAAGCAAGGAGCACAGGCACUUUUAGAACCUAUGAAAGGCAGAUAUUUUGAAUGUGUUUUGAAAAAAAAUCUGAGCAGAAAGAACGUGAA